AUUUGUUUGAAAACUAGUCGUCUGGUUGAAUGACAAACACUACAUUGAAUAAUUCCUGCUGUUGACCAAUCACAGAUAAAGGGGCGUAGACUUCGGCUACUGAACUUCGACCUGCCUUAAGAGGGGGGGGGGGGGAAAUGCUGAUGCUCGAACAGCCGGAAAAACGCUGCCGAACGCCAAAACGAACAUAAAACGUCACAAUGUUGUCAUAAUAAAUGCGUAAACUGUUUAGACUGGGAAGCUUACGGGAAGCUUACGGGAAGCUUACGGGAAGCUGACGGGAAGCUGACGGGAAGCUGACGGGAAGCUGACGGGAAACUUACGGGAAGCUGACGGGAAGCUGACGGGAAGCUUACGGGAAGCUUAAGAGUGAAAGCAAACACGCUGAUAUGCAGUGAGGAUGAGUGGCGGCGAUGAUAACCUCUCGGACCCUGCUGCCAGGGCCGAGUCACGGAAACGCAAAGAAUGUUCCUCUGACCUACUGGGUCCCAGCCUCAAACGAAGCAACGAGAAGAGAAACCGCGAGCAUGAGAACAAGUACAUCGAGGAGCUGGCCGAGCUAAUCUUCGCCAACUUCAACGACAUCGACGACUUCAACGUCAAACCUGACAAAUGUGCUAUCCUCAAGGAGACUGUCAAACAGAUACGACAGAUCAAGGAGCAAGAGAAAGCAGCAGCAGCCAAUGAGGAGGAGGUACAGAAGGCGGACAUCUCAUCAACGGGCCAAUCCGUCAUCGACAAGGAGGCUCUCGGACCAAUGAUGCUGGAGGCUCUGGAUGGGUUCUUCUUCGUGGUGAACAUGGAGGGUAACAUAGUGUUUGUGUCUGAGAACGUGACCCAGUACCUGCUGUAUAACCAGGAGGAGCUGAUGAACACCAGCGUCUACAGCGUCCUGCACGUAGGAGACCACGCUGAGUUCAUCAAGAACCUGCUGCCCAAGAGCCUGGUGAACGGGGUGCCGUGGUCCAGUGAAGGUCCCAGGAGGAACAGUCACACGUUUAACUGUCGUAUGCUGGUCAACCCUCACAGUGACAACCAGGACGAGACCAACGACCACCAGGGACAGAGAUAUAAACCCAUGCAGUGUUUCGCUGUCUCCGAACCCAAGAGCAUCAAGGAGGAGGCAGAAGACUUCCAGUCAUGUCUGAUCUGUGUGGCACGCAGGAUGCCCAUGAAGCCGCGGCCAAUUCUUCCCGCGCACGAGAGCUUCACCACCCGCCAGGACCUGCAAGGUAAGAUCACGUCACUAGACACCAGUCUUCUGAGAGCCUCUAUGAAGCCUGGCUGGGAAGAUCUGGUGAGGAGAAGCAUCCAGAGGUUUCACCUACAGAACGACGGAGAGAUGUCCUUCGCCAAGAGACACCAACAAGAGGUGUUGCAUCACGGCCAGGCAUUCAGCCCCAUCUACAGGUUCUCUCUGUCGGACGGGACCAUCGUGUCGGCUCACACCAAGAGCAAGCUGGUCCGCUCCCCUGCCACCAGCGAACCUCAGCUCUACAUGUCUCUACACCUGCUACAGAGGGAACAAUCAAGGUAUGAUCUGGGACCGGGUCAAGACAUGGGGCCCGGUGGACAGCAUCUGGGGCCAGAGAUCAGCCUCUCCAUAACCCCUCCAACCCAGGGAACCCUCUCAACCCUCUCUGGUCUGGGCCCCCAGGGACAGGACACUACAAUCAGCUCCAACAGCACGUUCUAUUCCCCUCCUCAUGGAAGUCCAGGGUCCAGAGAACCAGGGCUCGGCCCCAUGGGACCAGGGUCCAGAGAACCAGGGCUCGGCCCCAUGGGACCAGGGUCCAGAGAACCAGGGCUCGGCCCCAUGGGACCAGGGUCCAGAGAACCAGGGCUCGGCCCCAUGGGACCAGGGUCCAGAGAACCAGGACUCGGCCCCAUGGGACCAGGGUCCAGAGAACCAGGGCUCGGAACAAUGGGGCCAGGGUCCAGAGAACCAGGGCUCGGAACAAUGGGGCUAGGGUCCAGAGAACCAGGGCUCGGAACAAUGGGGCCAGGGUCCAGAGAACCAGGGCUCGGACCCAUGGGACCAGGGUCCAGAGAACCAGGGCUCGGAACAAUGGGGCCAGGGUCUAGAGAACCAGGGCUCGGACCCAUGGGACCAGGGUCCAGAGAACCAGGGCUCGGAACAAUGGGGCCAGGGUCCAGAGAACCAGGGCUCGGAACAAUGGGGCCAGGGUCCAGAGAACCAGGGCUCGGAACAAUGGGGCCAGGGUCCAGAGAACCAGGGCUCGGAACUAUGGGGCCAGGGUCCAGAGAACCAGGGCUCGGACCCAUGGGGCCAGGGUCCAGAGAACCAGGGCUCGGCCCAAUGGGGCCAGGGCCCAGAGAACCAGCGCUCGGACCCAUGGGGCCAGGGUCAGAACACAUACAGGACUACCACUAUGGCUGCCCUCCCCAGCCCAUGGUCCACCCCGGAGGGUUACAGGGAGGCAUGGGCAUGAACCUCCCCAUCCAUCCUAACCAGCAAGGGGCUAAUUGGAGGAUGAGCAGCCCGUCUCGAAGCAGCCCUAGCCCAGCCGGAGGGGCCCAUCCGGGGCAACAAAUUUCUAUGUUGUCCCCUAGGCACCGGGCGAGUCCAGGGUUGGCAGGGAGCCCUCGUGUGGCCCCAAGCCUGCACUCGCCCUCCCCUGUGGGGAUGUGUGGGUCUGGAACUGGGGUUGGGAGUGGGAGUGGAGGUAGCGGUCCUGCGGCUAACAGUCAUGCUAACAGCCACAGCUACGGCAGUAGUUCUCUGUCGGCCCUGCAGGCUCUGAGUGAGUGUCACGGGGUCAGACACGGCAGUGGUGGACACACACACCCUCACGGCGCCGUGAGCCAGCAUCCUCAAACACACGCCCUGGGAUCACCUGACAGGAAGAUGAUGGGAUCGCCCGCUGGGAUGGCGGUGGGAUCAGGAGUCAACCCUCACGUGAUGUCGAAGCUUGGCGGCGGUAAUGGAAAUGGAGACUCUUUGGGCGCUCACGGAGAGCAGGAACAUGGUCAGAGUGAACAGUAUUACCAGAGACAUACGGACGGGAACGGUAGCAGCGGUAACCACGCUGACAUCACAGAGGAGAGGGAUGGCCUCGACGGUGGCCCCGGCGCACAGAGCCGUAGUCAACGCUGUGACAACAAGGGUCACACCAAACUCCUCCAGCUUCUCACCACCAAGUCCCAACCCCUCGACACCCCUUUGUCCACCAACGGAGGAGGGGACCCCAAGGACCCCUCGUCAGGGAUGGGGGGCCCUUACGGUCCAGGGGCUCCAGGGGGCCACGCCACCUCCCUAAAGGAUAAACACAAGAUACUUCACAGGCUGCUCCAGAACAGCACCUCUGCCGUCGACCUGGCCAAGCUCACUGCUGAGGCCACGGGCAGGGAGCUAGGGGAACAAGGUGGGGGUGGUAACGGACAGACAGGAGACGGUACGGACGGGAACCUCACGCCCAAACAGGAGCCCCUGAGUCCCAAUAAGAAGGACAACGCCCUGCUGAGGUACCUGCUGGAUAAAGAGGAGAGUGGGAUGAAGGUGAGGCAGGCGAAGAUGGAGGGAGCAGGAGGGGAGGUCUUCAGAGCUGGAUGAAAUCCUAGAUGAGCUGCAGGGUGUCCAGCCCUCCUCCCUGGACAAACAGACCAUCAUCAACGACAUACUGCACAUCACCCAGGAAACCAGCCCUGGCAACCCCAACGCCAUGGCAACACAGCAGCAGCAGAGGGGCAUGCAGCGAGGCAUGGGGCCAGGCAACUACGGAGCUCCGGGGGGCCAGGUUCCAGGUAGGGGUUUGCCUUUGAGGAGUGUAUCCCUGGAUAUGAACAUGUCAGGGGGCCGGCCCCCCCAGGGCCAGUAUCCCCCCAUGAGGACCCCUAGCCCCUACACACUACAGCAGCAGCAAGGCAUCUUGGGAAACCACGCUGCCAUGAUGUCCAACCAGGCCAACCUCGCAGGUCUAGUGGGUGGUCCUCGGCAGGGCAUGCAGCACCAGCAGGAGGAAGGGGGUUGGGGUCCUGGGGGCCCGGGUCAGUGCAGUUCAGCCUCGGUCCCUCCUCCUGGGGCCCCGGGUCAGCAGGGGACGAUGCACAGCCGUAUGGGGUCCAACCCAGGAGGCCCCAGGGGCCUCAUGAGACCCAACAGUCUAGCAGGACCUGCGUCCAGGCAGAUGCUGCAGUCGCAGAUGAUGGCCAACGAGAUGGGCAUGCGGGCCCACCAGUACUCCCAGCAACAGGCACCACCCAAUCAGACGGCUCCAUGGCCAGACAGCAUGAUACCUAUUGAGGCCUUCAACCAGAACAGGUCUGUGUAUGCCCCCCAGCAGCAGCAGGAGGAGGAGGUGUUGUGUGGGGGUCCGGGGCCCGGUGGCCAGGCGACUGGGGGUCCUGGUGAUGGGGGUGGUAGUGAUGAGGGAGCUCUCAUGUCACAGCUCUACACCGUGCUGAAGGACUUUGAUGGCCUGGAGGAGAUAGACAGAGCCCUGGGGAUACCUACUCUGAUGGGACAGGGUCAGUCUGUAGAGCACGACCAGUUCUCUUCAGACCCGUCCAUAUUGUUGGACCAGAAGCCUCCAGUGUACGGCCAGCAGCACCAGCAGGACCCCUCAGCCAGCUCCCAUCUAGCCCAGAGAGGAUACCACGACCCUGGGUCCGGCAGACCCAUGCAGGACCCCCCACCCAGCUCCCAUCUAGCCCAGAGAGGAUACCACGACCCUGGGUCCGGCAGACCCAUGCAGGACCCCUCACCCAGCUCCCAUCUAGCCCAGAGAGGAUACCACGACCCUGGGUCCAGCAGACCCAUGCAGGACCCCCCACCCAGCUCCCAUCUAGCCCAGAGAGGAUACCACGGCCCUGGGCCCGGCAGACCUAUGCAGGACCCCACAGGGCAAGGCUUCCACCCCAUGGCUGGCCAGAUGGGCCCCAGGCCAGGAUACCCCAUCAUGAGGAUGCAGCAACGACCAGGGCUGAGGCCCCAAGUGAUGCUUCCUAACCAGCCUAAUACACUGAGGUUACAGCUGCAGCACCGGCUACAGGUACAACAGAACCGACAGCCAAUGAUGAGCCAGAUGAGUGGCGUGUCCAAUAUGAACCAACCUCUACAGUCCAACAACCCCAACCAGGGGACCAUCAAUGCUCAGAUGUUAGCCCAGCGGCAGCGGGAGCUGCUCAGUAACCAUCUCAGACAGCGACAACUGGAGCACCAGAGACAACAUCAACAUCAACAACAACAACAGCAGCAGAGGAACAUGGUGAUGAGAGCCCAGGGACUCAACCUACCUCCCAAUAUGGCCGCCGCCAACAUGGCCGCCGCUGCUGCAAGUGGCCUAUCAGGAGGGAUGAUUAACCCCCGGAUCCCCCAGACCACCAACCCCCAGCAGUUCCCCUUCCCACCCAGCUACGGUACCAGUACAGGCCCGGCCCUGGCUUCACCCCCUCCUCCUCACCCCUCUACCAGCCCCCUCUCCCCCACCCUGCAUGGCUCUCCCUCCUCCCAGAUGAUGAUGAUGAUGGGGGGUGCAGGACAGUUUGGGGCUGUAGUCAGCCCUCAUAUACAGCAGCUCAGCGCCUUUCAGUUCCCAAACUCAGGUAUGUCCCAGCAGCCUGACGGAGGGUUUGGAGGACCCACCACGCCCCAGAGUCCCCUGCUGUCCCCCAGGAUGGUCCACGCCCAGUCUCCCAUAAUGCAACAGCAGGGCCAGGGCUUGCCUGACAUAAACGGUUGGCCCCCGCAGGGGAACAUGGGAGGGAACAGUAUGUUCAGUACUCAGCAGUCUCCUCCCCAGUUCACCCAGCAGCAGCAGACUAACGGGGGCGCGGCAAUGUACAACGGCAACGGAAUGAACCACAACGUCUCCAUGGCAACCAACGCCAGCAUGGGUCAGAUGGCUGGACAGAUGGACGUCACCUCACCUGAGAUUACCUCCAUGGGACAAGAACCGAAAUACUGCUAACCCUGGUGGAGUGUUCAGCCAACCAGCACCUUGAUGCUAAUACCCAGGAUCCAAUGAGCUCGCUGGUUCAUCUUCAACCAACCAAUCAACCAACGGCUCUUUGAAUGGACCUGGCAGUGUUCUGACCCAGCUCUACCCAGCCCAACCCGAUCUCCAACCUCCUCCACCUGGCAGCGUCCUGACCCAGUUCUACCCAGCCCAACCCGAUCUCCAACCUCCUCCACCUGGCAGUGUCCUGACCCAGCUCUACCCAGCCCAACCCGAUCUCCAACCUCCUCCACCUGGCAUAAACUGUGCCUCGUAUCUACCCCUACUGGGAGGCUCACCCAGCGGAGGGAGGGAGCGGAACAGCUAACUACUUUCAGCCGUUUUUGCCUUUUUGUAGUUUUUGUUUUUGUUUUCGUAAUGAUGAUGAGGCUGACGAGAAAUGGUUUGAAAACCAGUCUUGGAUAGAAGUAGAUUAAUGGUUUGAUUUUAAAAUAACGCUUUGUAUUACAAUUAGACAAAUUUAGUCAAAAUGUUUUAUAGUGUAUUAAAAUAAGUUGUAUUUUUCUGUAUAGAUUUUUAAAUUAUUUUAGAUUUAUUAUCGUAGCAAACAACAUGUGGUAAAAGUAAAAAUGAACUUUCUGUCAAUAUGUUCUAUCAAUUUGAAAUAUUAUGGAUUUAACUUCUGGUCCGGUAAUUUCAUCAGAAGUUAUUGAAAUUAUAUCAUGCGGUUCAAGAAGCCAAAUACAGACAGAUUGUACAUACAAGUUAACAACAGAGUUCCAUUUCCUAUUUAUUGUGUGUUUUCUCCCUGUCUGCUCUGGACUGCCAUCUGCUACAAGAGAAGAGUGGUGUGUUUUGUGUGUUUGUUUGAGAAGAGGAGAGCCAGACUUUAUCAGCAGUCUUUGGUAUGGUACAGGAGG